GUGGGUUUUGAGAUGUAAGGGGAGAGGAGAGGAAUUAAAACGGGAUAAUAUGGAUAGGAAUGCGCGGCAGUGAAUCAUAGAAAUAGAAAUAGAAAUUGGAAUUGGAAUUGAAGCCAUGAGCGUCAACAUGGUGGCAGUGGCGUCCAUGGCCACUCCAUCCAUCACCAUCAGCUUCACUAAUUCCAAAUCACUUUCUCUUUCCUCUUCUUCUUCUUCUUCUUCACUUCCCAGCUGCUGGCCUUCUUCUAAUUCAACUCUUCGUCGUCAUCCUUCUUCUUGUGCCCUCACUCUUCGUUGUGGCGCCGCCGUCUUUGCCUCUUCCUCUUCCCCUUCCAUUUCCCCCAAUUCCAAUUCAAGUUCCAUGAUUGUGGCCGCGCUUGGAAUCGAUGCACAGCCUGAGCGUGAUUACGAGCCUCUUCAGGUUAUGAUUUCGGGUGCUCCUGCUUCCGGAAAAGGCACUCAAUGCGAGCUUAUCAAACACAAGUACGGUUUAGUGCACGUUGCUGCUGGUGAUUUGCUUAGGGCUGAGAUCGCCACUGGCAGUGAUAAUGGAAAGCUUGCUAAACAGUAUAUGGAGAAAGGUCAACUUGUUCCCGAUCAUAUUGUUGUCAUGAUGGUGAAGGAUCGUCUCUUGAAGCCUGAUGCUAAGGACAAUGGUUGGCUUCUCGAUGGAUAUCCGCGGAGCUUGUCUCAGGCUACUGCCCUCAAAGGAUUCGGCUUCCAACCUGAUAUCUUCAUUCUUCUCGAGGUUUCUGAAGAUAUUCUUGUCGAGAGAGUAGUAGGGCGGAGAUUAGAUCCUAUUACUGGAAAGAUAUAUCACUUGAAGUAUUCUCCUCCAGAGAUAGAAGAAAUUGCAGCACGGCUUACCCAGCGUUUUGAUGAUACUGAAGAAAAGGAUUAACGGAAAUGUCUCCAAGGAGGAAGUAUUUGCUCAAAUUGACAGUGCACUUACGAGUCUUCUGGAACAAAGGAAGGCUGCAUCAGGAUCUGUGGCCGCUUAGAUUAGCAUCUUUUGACAUUUUGAUCUAUCCUGACGUCCUGCUCUUGAAAGCAUUGUGAUUGGCUACAACCAUACAUGAAGACUUGUGAUCAUAAAUUGCACGGUAUGCUUUGGAAGUUUACUUUCUAAGAUAGUGGUUGAAGAUUUUUUUUUUUUAAAUUUUGAAUGCAAUGAGCCAAUGAGGAGCAUGUAAAUGGAGGAUUUGGUAGAUUAUGUUUGUUUCCGGUUGUUGUUUGGUUGGUAUGUUGUGUCCUUUAUCAUUUUCUAUAGAUUAAUUGAUGAUUGAAUGUAUUUGUUCGACCAAAAGAAAUAAAAAGAAAUCAUUUGUUCGA